AUGGAUCAAGAGCCACUCGAAUGUCGCGUUUGCCAGCGCCUUCAGCUGGACUCGAAGCCCCCGGCAAUCGAUCUCCCGAGACUGGAACACCAUUUCGGCCAAUAUGAACCCGAGUUUGAAUUGGAUAGCGCACCGAAAAAGUGCUGUCUCUGGCGAUUAAUUAGAGACCUAUACCUUUCGUGGUCAGGCAAAAAUACACCCAAGGAGUCGGAGUAUAUUUUCACAUGUGCACCACAGUCUCUCCGGAUAUUUGGGAUUGAAGGCAGCUCCGGGGAAGUUGUGGAUCCUGAUCCUCUUAGUCCCGCGACUCUGGCCCGCAUAAGGAGAUGGAUUGACAUAUGUGAUAGCAGCCAUGAACGAUGUCAGAGAGACAGAAAUCCGCUCCUGCCGACCCGAAUCCUAGAUGUCGGCAUUGGCACAUCAGCAUCUCAAGUCGCCAAACUGAUUGUGACAGAUGGCCAGCGGGGUCAAUAUAUUGCUCUCAGUCACUGCUGGGGAACGGCAAACCAGUUCAUGACAACUCAGGCUACCCUGCCUGAUAUGAAAGCAGGCUUCCUGCCAGAGCUUGCAACUGCCACUUUUCGUGAUGCAAUUAUCAUUGCCCGGCAUCUCGGGAUCCGAUAUUUGUGGAUUGACUCACUGUGUAUUAUCCAAGGGGACACGAGCGACUGGCAGAUUCAAUCUUCACAGAUGGGACAAGUUUACCGCAACGCAUACUUGACAAUAUCUGCGUCAAGCGCGUCAGAUGAUGUAGAAGGGUUUCUGACGCCACGGUCCCCCGUGUAUUCUACCUUGGAAGUUGUUUCUCCAUCAGGGAACCGAACACAAAUUCACCUCCGGCCCCCAGGACUUACAGCUACCCCUAUCACCGUUCCCCUGGAUUCUCGCGGCUGGACUCUGCAGGAGGCUUAUCUAUCCUGCAGGCAGCUGAAAUUCCAUAAAAAUAAAAUUCUCUGGGACUGUCAAACCUGCUGCUAUGACGAGGCGUACACCGAUCAAUACAACUUGAAGUAUCAGGUUAUCGUCAACCAGUCUAUUGAUCUCCUUUUCCCAGAUCGUAUCGGCAGGACAUAUUCUUACCACAAGUGGUACGAUAUGAUUGAGGAUUACAGCCGUCGCCAAUUACGCUUUGAUUCAGAUAAAUUACCUGGGGUGUCUGGCCUCGCAAGCAUACUGGCAAAUGAAGAUGGCGCGAGGUACUGUGCCGGAAUUUGGUGGGAAGAUAUAUGGUACGGCAUAUCCUGGGAAGUAGAUAAAGCAGCCUCCAGAAAGCCAGACUGUUUUAUUGCCCCGUCAUGGUCCUGGGCAUCAGUCGUCGGCCCAGUAACAUUUUCCGAUAGGCGAUGGAAUAUAUCCUACGUCCCACCUCAACCGUUAGAUUUAGUCACUUUUCACGAUUGUAUUAUAGAGCACCAAGGGCGUAACGAGCAUGGCGAGAUAAAAAACGGCUGGAUAAGACUCGAUGCCCCUAUUAUUCCUUUACAAUCCACCAGUGGAACUUCGACAACAUCUGGAACGUCGUUCGAGAUUCCGGGGACUGAAAAGGGCGAAGAUAGGCUUCGGAUACGGUUCGACACCCAGGAGGAAAACAAAGACCCUUUGUGGGUUUUAUUCCUCACGCAUGCUCCGGGGACUUGGAAAACAAAACAAUAUUUCGGCAAUAAGGCGGAACUCUCUGGCCUCGUAAUCCGCCCUGUUUGUGAUAUCUCGUCUGACAGAUGCAAAAAAAUAAUAUUACAAACUGGAGACCAUCAGCUCUAUGAGCGAGUUGGGUUUUUCGACAUGACGAUAACUGAGACGGAAGGCGAUUUCCUAUCGGAGGGUUCCGUUGCCGAGAUUGUGUUGAUUUGA